AGCCCUGGGGAAGCUCCACCCUCUGGAACUGCUGAAGCCCGAGGGUCUGGGGCCAGUGGGCUGGGGGGCUGGCACCCUGCCUCCGUGUUCCGGGUGACCGACACUUUCUGCAGCCAUUAUGAACCGGCUCUGGAACAUCAGGCGUUGGGAGCCACUCCAGGGCCCCCUGAAGUGGGUCCCCACCCUGGGCGAGCUGCAGAAGACCCUCCAGAAGGGCGAGUACUUGCCCCUCCGCCCGCUGCCCAUGUUCGAGAGUAACUUUGUCCAGGUGACCAGUCGAGGGGCCCCAGUGCAUGUGCACCACAGAACCAACCGAGUGACCAUGGGCGUGGCUGCCUCCCUGCCAGGCCUGGUGUUGCCAGACAUCCUGCUGAUGGCCCAGCCCCCCCGCGGCAGGGAGCGCUCCAGCCUCGUCCUCACCAGGAUGAUCCCGCUGGACCUGGCCCACCUCUACGUCCACGACCUGUCUGCCUGGCACCUGAAGCUGCGUCUGGUCAUGGGCCGCCGCUAUUACCUGGAGCUGGACGCCCCUGACAAUGAGGUCAGCUUCCUGUUUGACUGCUGGAUCCGCCUCAUCAACCUGCUCCAGCAGCCCGCCACCUCCUGGGCCCCCAGGACCCUCCACACGCCCCCCAUGGACCCGGGCCACGUGGCACCUCCAGGUUUACUUGAGACCCCUUCACUCUGUAUCUCAGAGGACAGCCCUGAAAUGCCCUUGCUGGGCUCCUGUGAUCACUUGCAUAUGUACCCGUGGCAACAGGACAUGGACGACCUGAUGGACCCGGAGGCCAGCACCUUGUCCACGUCCUCCCUCUGCCCAGCCGCCUACCCUCCUGACUUCCGCAGGUGCAACGAACAGAAGUUCUUGGCUGUACCUGCUCCAUCCCGGAAAGCGCCAGCUUUUCCUGCUGCUCCCCAGGAGGCCCCAGCCACACCUGCCCCAUCUCAGAAGGCCACACAUGUAUUGGCUACUCCCCACAAGGCCCCAGCCAUGCCUGCCCCAUCUCAGAAGGCCGCGUAUACACUUGCUGUUCCCCCGAAGGCUGUGUCCCCCCCUGCUCCAAACAGGAAAUCUGUGUUCCUACCUACCCUGUCCCAUAAGGCUCUGACCUUACCUACCCAAUACCAAAUGACAUUGGACCCUGCCACCACGGGCAUGUUGCCUGCGGGAAGUCACGGAGGAGAUGUGCUUGAGAAAAGCAAGCCUGAAGGGAAGCCAGAGCUGGUGUUGAUGGGCACCCAGGAGACAAACAUAGUAGAGGUGAGGACUCAGAAAACAUCCCUGGAGCUGCCUUUCACCACCACCGAGAAGGAGUCGGAGGAAGUCCUGGUCAGCAGAGCCCAGGAUGUCACCGCGGAUGGCUUGAAGGGCAAGGGUAAGUUGGAGGACAAAGUCCGCAGGAUGAAGGAGAUCUCUCUGGACAUGCUGGGCUUCAAAUCCAAGGAGGUGGGGCAGCAGCAGAAGUGGAUCAAGACCAAGGAGCUGGCCAUCGAGGAAGCCUCACAGGGGCAGACCGGGCCCUUCUCAGUGGAAGGGCUCACCCGUGCCAAGCUGAUGAUCACUGCCAGUUCCAAGGAUCCCUCCUUGAGAUCAGCUCUGUUCAAUCUGCCCUCCUGGCUCUCAACCCAGCAGGGGUCUGCCAUGCCAACUAUGGACACGGUACCCCUCAGCACCACCAAGGUGUCCUUGCUGGAGGAGAUGCCGGUGGUGGUCAGGGAGCAGCCACAGUUGGGGGCCUGGGCGACGGGGAACACGCAUCCAUGGGCGGAGGUGGAGGAGGUGCCCCGGGACCCAAAGGGGCCUUCCAAAGCAUCCCCCUUCCCCAGGCGUGCCACCAGCAGCCCCAGGAUGAAUGCUGCCUCCCUGACUCCCAUCUCUCUGCCCUCAGCGAGGUGGGAGGACGUAACGGAGUCUCCUACCUCUCUGACCCCUGUCUCAAAGAUGGAGGCCAGGGUCUCCCAACAGCCCAGGAGAGUAUCUCAAGAGCCCAAGAGGGUGCCGGACCAGUGCCCCAUGGCCACAGUGGGGUCGUCUUUGGAGAUUCUCUUGCCCACUCUCUUGGAAAUUGAGAGUAUGAAGGACAUGGCCUCCAAGGUGGAGAAGAUAGAGGAAGUGGGCAUCUUUGCUCCUUCGCCCAGGCCCCUAGGUGUUGUGCACCUCUACUGUAAGAAUCAGGGUCCUGAAAAGGCCGGGCGGGGAUGCUCCUUCUCCGGAGACGCCGCCUUCGUGGAUGUUGGGUAUUGA